AGUUUGCAUUCACAUAAACCUCGCCGCCACUCCGUUCGUUGAAAAACCUCAUCGGGAUUCGCCGGAGCCUUCACCUUCCGAUCCUGAAGGACCCUUUUUCAGGUGAAGAUGGUGAGCCAAAGGCAAAGACUUGCCCGGAAAAAGUACAGAGAAGAACACCCGGAACUGUUUCCGGAAGCAGAGCCAACGCCACCUAAAGACCCCGACAAGAAGAAGAAGAAGAAGAAGAGUAAAUUCAAGCGCAAAAAGGCAGAAUCGAACUCAACCAGCGACCCAAAUAAACCCCACAAGAAGAGUUUUAAGAAACACCCUCUUAGAGUGACUGGGAUGAAACCUGGAGAAAGCUGCUUCAUCUGCAAAGCCAAAGACCACAUUGCUAAGCUUUGCCCCGAAAAGGCUCAAUGGGAGAAGAACAAGAUAUGCUUGCUUUGCCGGAGACGAGGGCACAGCCUCAAAAAUUGCCCAGACAAAAAUGAAAGGACUGUGGAUAAGAAGUUAUGCUAUAACUGUGGUGAAACAGGACAUUCAUUGGCUAAUUGUCCACAGCCUCUUCAAGAUGGAGGAACUAAAUUCGCCAGUUGUUUUAUUUGUAACGAAAGUGGACACUUGAGCAAAAACUGUCCGAAGAACACUCAUGGGAUCUAUCCUAAGGGAGGUUGUUGUAAAACUUGUGGGGAAGUCACACAUUUAGCUAAGGAUUGUCCAAACAAAGCCACCCAAUUUUCUGGUGGGGCUUAUGAUGGUAACAAAUCAUCUGGAUAUGUGGAAAUGCAUAGACGACCAGAGACGAGGCGUGUGAGCGGCGAUGAUCUCGAGGAUGAUUUCAACAUCGACGAAGAUCAUUUGCAGAUGAAAGAUGCAAAAGUGGAAAAGAAAAAGGGUCCCAGAGUUGUGCAGUUCAUGGAUAAAACAAUUGUGAGCCUUGGAUUUGUCCCUCAAAUUACUCUUCUUUACUCUGAUCUCUCUCUCCCACAAAAUAAGGAUCUCUCCCUCUUACCUUCUCUCUUCUCUUCUCUCUUUUCUUAUCCUCCGUUCUCCCUACGCCCAUCUCUCUCCCCCUUUCGUACACUUCCACACGCAAAAAUGGCGAACGCUGCAUCUGGAAUGGCUGUGAGUGAUGAGUGUAAGCUCAAAUUUUUGGAAUUGAAAACGAAGAGGAACUAUCGAUUCAUUGUAUUCAAGAUUGAGAAUCAAGAAGUUGUUGUGGAUAAGCUUGGGAGUCCUCAAAAAACUUAUGAUGAUUUCCUUGCUGCCAUUCCUUCUGAUGAGUGUCGCUAUGCUGUCUUUGACCUUGAUUUCACCACCGAUGAGAAUUGCCAGAAAAGCAAGAUUUUCUUCAUAGCUUGGUCCCCCGACACAUCGAUAGUGAGAAAUAAGAUGGUUUAUGCGAGCUCCAAGGACAGAUUCAAGAGGGAAUUGGAUGGAAUUCAGGUGGAACUGCAAGCCACUGAUCCCAGCGAAAUGACCUUCGACAUUAUCAAAGCUCGAGCUUUUUAAGCUCGCUUUUCCUCCAUUUUUGAGUCUGCGGAUAAUUAACGUUGUGAACAUUACUCUUUCACUUUCUUUUCCUUCUUUCUUUCAAGCUUUGCCUUUUUCUUCAUGGGGUUUCACUCAUCUCCAAAGCUCUAUUGAUGAUCUGCUGUAAUUCUCUAUAGAUAUAUAUAUAUAAAGUUCAUUCUUUCA